CGGGUAAGUGAGAUUCGGGGUGGCCGGGGCGGCGGAGGCCGAGCCGGGAGCGGGUCCAAGGUCUUCUAUGGGGCCCCGGCCCGGAACUGCCUGCCGAGGAGCUGGCUGUUCCUGCAAGAGGCCCGAGGAGGAGGGAAUGACCGCCGGGCUCCUCACUGCCAGGGACCCGGAGCAAGUGACUUUUGAGGACGUGGUCGUGGAGUUCACCUGGGAGGAGUGGGGGCAGCUGGAGCCGGCCCAGAGGACCCUGUACCGAGAUGUGAUGCUGGAGACCUUUGGGCUCCUUGCCUCUGUGGGACACUGGCUCCCAAAGCCAGACGUCAUCUCCCUGCUGGAGCACGAGGCGGAGCUGUGGGUGGUGGACAAGGGAGCCCCCCGAGGUGUGUGCACAGACUUUGAAACUGGACAAACCAAACUAUCAACUGUGAAGCAAGACAUAACUGAAGAAAUACCCAAUAAUGCCCUGGUAGAAAGGUUCCUGUGGGAAAGUCUGUGGAACUCCAAGGGUGAAAAUGCUGAGGGCCACUGGGAACAGGGUCGCAAGAGGCCAGAUAGCCAUGUGGUGCAGGCUGCCUUCAUGCCUGUGAAGACACCCACUCAGGAGCAGCAGCAGGGGAAUGGGUUUGGGGAAAACUUGAGUCUGAGGCCUGAUCUCCCAACUCAACCAAUGACUCCUAAAAGGCAAGGCCCCCCCAUGUGGGGAACACAUGGAAAGAGGGAGAAUCCAGACUCAGAUACUCAACAGAAAACCUGUGCAAAAGAGAAGCCCUACAGAUGUCAGGAAUGUGGAAAGGCCUUUAGUCACAGCUCAGCACUCAUCGAACACCACCGAACACACACGGGAGAGAGACCUUACGAAUGUCACGAAUGUGGAAAAGGCUUCCGAAACAGCUCAGCGCUUACCAAACACCAGAGAAUCCACACUGGUGAGAAGCCUUAUAAGUGCACUCAGUGCGGGAGGACCUUCAACCAAAUUGCCCCACUGAUCCAGCACCAGAGAACUCAUACAGGUGAGAAGCCCUACGAGUGCAGUGAAUGUGGGAAAUCCUUCAGUUUUAGGUCCUCCUUCAGCCAACACGAGCGGACGCACACAGGGGAGAAGCCCUACACGUGCAGUCAGUGCGGGAAGGCCUUCCGGCAGAGCAUCCACCUCACCCAGCACCUGCGAAUCCACACUGGGGAGAAGCCCUACCAGUGUGGAGAAUGCGGCAAGGCCUUCAGCCACAGCUCGUCCCUGACCAAACACCAGCGGAUCCACACGGGGGAGAAGCCCUACGAGUGCCAGGCAUGUGGAAAAGCCUUCACCCAGAUCACACCACUGAUUCAGCAUCAGAGGACACACACAGGCGAGCGGCCCUACGAGUGCAGCGAGUGCGGGAAGGCCUUCAGCCAGAGCACGCUCCUGACCGAGCAUCGGAGGAUCCACACAGGAGAGAAGCCCUAUGGGUGCAACGAGUGUGGGAAAACCUUCAGUCACAGCUCGUCGCUUAGCCAGCACGAGCGGACACACACGGGUGAGAAGCCCUACUCGUGCAGUCAGUGCGGGAAGGCCUUCCGGCAGAGCACACACCUCACUCAGCACCAGAGAAUCCACACCGGGGAGAAGCCCUAUGAGUGUAGCGAGUGCGGGAAGGCCUUCAGCCACAGCUCGUCCCUGACCAAACACCAGCGGAUCCACACCGGGGAGAAGCCCUACGAGUGUAACGAGUGUGGCAGAGCCUUCAGCCAGCUUGCUCCACUCAUUCAACACCAGAGGAUCCACACGGGAGAGAAGCCCUACGAGUGUAACGAGUGUGGCAGGGCCUUCAGCCAGAGCUCCCUCCUCAUAGAACACCAGAGGAUUCACACCAAGGAGAAACCCUAUGGGUGCAAUGAAUGUGGAAAAUCCUUCAGCCACAGCUCAUCGCUCAGCCAGCACGAGAGGACACACACUGGGGAAAAGCCCUACGAGUGCCAGGAUUGUGGAAAAUCCUUCAGGCAGAGCACCCACCUCACUCAGCACCGGAGGAUCCACACAGGAGAGAAGCCAUAUGAGUGCAGGGACUGUGGGAAAGCCUUCACACACAGCUCCUCCCUUACCAAGCACCAGAGAACUCAUGCUGGGUAGACCCACUCCACAUGUUCCGGGACCCAGCAAAGCCUUAAGCCAUAGCACAUCGCUUACUAGAUUUGACCCAGUCAUACUCCUGAGAAACAACACAAACAUUAUACACAAGACUUCAUGCUCAGCAAACUCCUCACACCCCCACAGAGAGUUCACAUUUAUGGAAAUGAUUGUGGGAAUACCGAGCUCUGGGUCAUCCGUCCUGGGAUAUCAGAUCAUCCAGACAGUAGGGAAGUGUGGAGUUAAUCACUGUUGAGGACCUUCAGCCAUGAGUGGCCACUAAUGCUUCAUUAUAGAACCUACAAAAGAGAAAUGGAAAAAAAUGUAGUGGAUCUGGGGUGGCUUCUAAGGAUUCACCAUAUUCCAAACCAGAGAUUUUCAAAGUGGUGACAAACUCAGCAAAUGCCUUUCAUAUAAAAGAACCAAACGCAGUCAGAAUUUAUGAUUAUUGUACAUUACAUUCUUGGCAGGGGUUGCUUAUGAAUGGUGCAACUUGACUCUGAUAUUCCCUAAAAACAACAUGACAGAGUGUUCCAGACAUGAGAGUGGCACUUUAUGGAUUCACCAUGAAUAUUCAGCUGUCUCAGUACAAAAUUUUCUGAUUUGUGUGUAAAUUAUUUGGUCAAGGUACAUGGCCACCAGCCUCACAGAUGUGAAUGCCAUAUGACAAAGUAUCCAUGUACUAUAAACAGAUUUUAAAGUAGUUAUAUGCAUUAUGUUGCAAUAAGUUAAUCUUUAUAUGCAAUGGAAUUGAAAAGAUUUGUAUAGGAAGACUUGAAAGGUAAAGCCACUUCCAUGGAGUCUUGCAGAUUCUGAGAUGGCUUUUGCUGCUCUGUUCUUGCUAUAAAUUUUUCUACAGGACUCACAGGCAUUAGAAAUGCAGAUGUUGCUGUUUCACAAAAAGAGCAAGAUUUUUUCUUUGUUAAGCCACCAUCUUAUGAGCGAGAGCACACUCACAUUGGAACCUUAUGUUUUGCAAGAUUUAUCUCUUGAGAAAUGUACAAGUUAAUCUUCUUUUGAACUGUUUUUUUUUCAUUGAUUCUUUAUCCUGGUGUUUAAUAAGCUUUUGUUUUUAUAAAAUUUAACUUGAAGGCAGUCUAUAGUAUUUCACUGAACCCUGAAUCCACUAACAGCAGUCACCCUGACAACCGUGAUCCUUAAACAGUGACUUGUCAUCCUCACUAGAACCCAUAUGUAAAUUGCAUUGGCUGGUUUUGGUCACUAACCAUCAGUUAGGGUUAUAACAAUCAGUUUGA